GCCCCCGGGUUAUGACGACCCCCAAUAAAGGAAGCAAGCCCUUGAAGGUGAAGCGGGAGCCUGGCGAGAAUGGCACCAGCCUGACAGAUGAAGAGCUGGUGACCAUGUCUGUGCGGGAGCUGAACCAGCACCUGCGCGGCCUCUCCAAGGAGGAGAUCAUCCAGCUGAAGCAGCGCCGGCGCACGCUCAAGAACCGCGGCUAUGCAGCCAGCUGCCGCGUGAAGCGGGUGACGCAGAAGGAGGAGCUGGAGAAGCAGAAGGCGGAGCUGCAGCAGGAGGUGGAGAAGCUGGCUUCAGAGAACGCCAGCAUGAAGCUGGAGCUUGACGCCCUGCGCUCCAAGUAUGAGGCCCUGCAGAACUUCGCCAGGACCGUGGCCCGAAGCCCGGUGGCACCGGCCCGGGGCCCCCUCACCGCCGGCUUGGGGCCCCUCGUCCCUGGCAAGGUGGCCGCCACCAGCGUCAUCACGAUAGUUAAGUCCACCGAGCUGUCUUCCUCAUUGCUCCCCGUCAGCAGCACAGGCCUGGCGUCGGCUUUGCUCCUGGGCUUCUUGCAUGGCCUCUGCCAGAGAGCUGCUGGGCCCACACUGGGGGCUAUGACCCCACUGCCCACUUGUUCCAGAAGUGUUUCAGGGCUGGGGUGGUGCUUCCCCAGGAGUAGGGCUUCUUCCAUAUCCCUUCCUUGCCCCAAGGGCCUGGGGGGUCUCCACCAGUGCCAGCAAGGGCUACGACCUCAACGCUGGGCCUGCCGCCCCUCUCCGUGCACGGGCCGGCAGCUCUCAGCUCCGGGCCCUUCUUCCGCUUCCCUUUGGAAUCUGUGUCUUCCAGGGACUGGCUGCUCAGCUUUCAGAGGCACUUCCCUCAUAGCCGGGCCCACCACCCCAUGUUGGCCACUGGGCAGGCAGCCGAUCCUCCAGCCUUGGCUCAGACAGCUCCACGUAGGGUGUGUCGGGGCAGCUCACGGCACGGCCCGAGAUGCUGCAGCUCUGUCUCUGGCCACAGGGGCUUGGUCUUUUCUGGUGUCACUGGCCAGUGUCUCCAGGGCCCCAGAGAACAGAGGUGAGGGUUGCCAAGGAGGUGAGAAGCAAGGCAGGUGGGCUGGGACGGCUUUGGGGGGGCAGUGUCUUGUGGGUGAGUGUGGCCACACGUGUGUGCGGUCGUGGCAGGCGUGUGCUCGGGUGCUCCCAGCUUCACUUGGCUGGCCCACACACAGCUCUGUGACUCCAAGUCCCUCCGUGGCUUAAGCCCUUCCUGCCGCCGGGCUUUGUCCCACUGGGAUCCGGGCUACGUUGCGAGGGCGGUGGUGUAGCAGUGAGUGUGAAUGGUAUCAUGAGGAGCCUGAAAGAGAGGUCGUGACCCACAGUGGAGCGAGGAGGACAGACCCUCCACUUCCUCGCUCUCUUCUCGCUUUUGUCCCUGGCGAGGGGAGCUGUCGUCCGUCUCUAAGCACCUCUGCAGGCCUCAGAUGGCCGGCUUGGAGAGCAGAGGCAGGAAGCGGGUGAGGCGAGGAAGGGCUUGAGGGUGGGCACUGUGGCAGCAGGUACAGGUCCUUGGCUCAUCCUGAGGAAGAAGCUGAUCUGGAGUGAGUGACAUUGCAAGAAGGCCAUGCUUCCGUUCACGGUGUUUGGUCUUGGAGCCACUGUUCCCAGGUCUGGGGGAGCCUUCCCGUCCCGCCAAGCCAGCCCUGAGGGGCUGCCCCACCCCUCUGCCCCUUCCCCUUGGUUUCUUGGCGCUAGAUCCGUGCGCACCUGUGACUGUUUUGUGUCCUUCUGACCCUUGUUGAUUCCGUUUUCCUGCCGUGAGAGUGUUGUGUUCUGUUUCCUCCUUUCUCCGCUGAACCUUUCUGACACAGCGAGUCGAGGCUUGGGCCGAGGCCAAGUCUCCCAAACUUGUCCGCUACGUAAACCAUGAUGCGUGUCUCCCUCUGACCCUGACCUUGCCCCAGCUUCUCUCUCAUCCCAACAUGGACGCUCGGGUUUCAGAAAACAACCCCGCAGUAACAGGUCAGCUCUGCUCGAAGUGUCUGGCCUCAGGGGGCCUCCCUAUCCCCAGCUGCUGCUCUGUAGUGGCUCUGU